AAAUUGCCAUAAAACCAUUAAUCAAAAGAAAUAAUAUUUGGAGAAUUAGUAGUGAGAAUCCAAUAAUCAUUAGCAUGACUAAAGUAAAACAUUAACAUCGAUACAACAUAUCUUUAUUUUAAUAUUAACACAUACAUGUACCAAGUACCAACUACUAUUUAUUUCUAUAUAUACACCCAAAACGACAGGCAAAAGAGGAGACAACAACACAAACAUAAUCCAUGUAAUAACCUACACAUCUCCCUCCAAAUCCAAUGGCUUAUCAGAUUGAUCAGAAGGUGAUUCACGAUCAAGAACCAAUGGCUGAGAUCAUGCCAAAUGUCAUAACGGCGAUUUCAUCUCUCCUACAAAGGGUGUCGGAGACGAACGACGAUCUGAGCCGUCCGUUCAGGGAGCACCAGAGGAUCUCAGCUUUCAAUGCACUGGCCAAACCUUCUAUAUCAAUCAGAAGCUAUAUGGAGAGGAUCUUCAAGUACGCAGAUUGUAGCGACUCGUGUUACAUAGUUGCGUAUAUAUAUUUGGAUCGGUUCAUACAAAAGCAGCCAUUUUUGCCCAUUGAUUCCUUUAAUGUCCAUAGGCUCAUUAUCACCAGCGUCUUGGUCUCUGCUAAGUUCAUGGAUGACUUGUGUUACAAUAAUGCAUUUUAUGCGAAAGUUGGAGGAAUAACCACAGAGGAGAUGAACUUGUUAGAGCUGGACUUCUUAUUUGGAAUUGGAUUCCAAUUGAAUGUGACAGUUUCUAGUUACAACGACUAUUGUUCUUCACUACAAAGAGAGAUGGUUAUGAGGACCAUGUACUCUCCACUUUUGGAACCUUCUUUUUUAGUUAAAAGUUUUCAUAAGAAUCUUCUGAUGCAUUUGUUCGACGAAGGUUCACUAUCUAUCCAUCGAAAUAAUCAAGUCACCACUGCUGUUUGAUACGUUAGAUUAUUAGAUCAUGCUAUGAUAUGUAACAACUUUUUUGUGAACUUCAAUUGAUUUCCGGUUUUAUAUAUAUAAUUUAUUAUUUAUGAAAUUUCAUGGAAAUACAAUAAUUUGUAACCGAAUUUAACAUAUGUUUUGGUUUCACUAUUGGUAACUUAAAAAGAUAAAUCAGAACCCCUAAAUCAUCCUCUGCUUUGAAACUUCCGUUUUG